AUGGAGAACUUGGUUAAAGUGCUUAGCGAAUGGGAAAUCCAGUUGCUAGUUCUUCUAAGUUUUACCCUACAGGUGUUCCUCUUCUUUAAUGGCGGAGCUCGGCGAAAUAGCACUGAUGCGUUGCUUAGGUUUUCUUUGUGGGUAGCAUAUCUUGGUGCAGAUUUGGUAGCAAUUUACGCCUUGGGAUUCCUCUCACGGCACAAGGAUGACACCAUUGGAAAGGAUACAUUAACGAAAGCACAUCCACUUGCUUUCCUCUGGGCACCUUUCCUCCUCAUGCACCUUGGUGGGCAGGACACUGUAACCGCAUUUGCCAUUGAGGACAACAACUUGUGGUUAAGGCAUCUUUUGAAUCUGGUCGUUCAGGUAGGUGUGGCCUUGUAUGUGUUCUGCGGGUCCAUGAUGGGUCGCAGCCACCAUAGUGUGCUUCUUCCAGGUAUAUUUGUGUUCAUUUCUGGAAUUAUCAAGUACAGCGAGAGGACAUUGGCUCUCAUGUAUGGGGACCUAAAGAACGAUAGCCAAAAUACCAUUGGAAAUGUAAACAAUGAGGACUUGAAUAGGCUUGUGGUUCAUGGCAGAUACCUUGGCAUUUUUGCUGCUGUUCUGAAGUCCGCACCAGGCAUCCGAGCACUCUUUGCUGGACGCACCUUGCACCAGAUGGAAGUUCACCACCGAGAGGUAGUGACAUCACAUAUUCAUAUGGGCCAUUUACCCAAGUUGCUGGAGGUUGAGCUUGACUUGAUGUAUGAUGAUAUCUACACCAAGGCUAUGGUGCUUCGGACAAAGAGUGGCAUUUUAUUCCGGUGUGUAUCUCAAGCAUCUAUGGGGGUUGCCUUUGUGCUCUUCAUUGUCAGCAAUAAGCACCCAUACAAUAGAGAAGACCUUGCAAUCACAUAUGUGCUAUUCAUAGGAGGUUUCUGUCUAGAAAUUUGUGCAGUAUUUAUCUUGUUGAUGUCACCAUGGACAUGGGCAUGGUUGAAGGCUCGAAAUUGGCAUUGGCUGGCUCGCAUCUCCUCGUCUCUUCUGUGCAGCGACAUUGGACGGCCCAAGAUCAGGCCUUUGUGGUCAAAUUCCAUGGGGCAAUACAACUUUUUGUGCUACUUAGGUUGUGAUCAACACUCAAGCUGGCUAUCCAGGCUGGUGAAGAAAGUGACCAAGAUAUCAAGCCUAGUGGUCAGCAGAAACAAAGAGGUAAAGCCACUGUUGUGGACGAGCAAGUUAUUGGACACAAAGCACGUUGAGGUGGAUAAGGAGAUCAUGGACUCUCUUAUAUGGAUCGUCUGCCAUUACAGUCCAGAUGAAUCACCAAUGGAUGCCAGGGAUUGGCCGAAGCUUGGCCCAUUGCUGAAUAAGUUACUACCGGACUACGGUGCAAGUUUUGGUUAUGCUAUUGUGUGCUUUCAUAUAUUCACAGAGGCACACCUAAGAAGUCUCUUACUCCCGGAUCUUUCGGAUCGAGAAAAAGUUUUGGUGAGUGCUUGCCGGAAGUUGUCCAACUACAUGCUCUACCUUCUGGUCACAUAUCCUGAGAUGUUGCCGGUCAGUGGUACUCCAGAACCCACAUUGCUAUUCUUUCUUCGGAAAACUAUUCCACAUGUUUCUGACAGGGGUGCCAGUGCUGACAUUUUGCCUAUGGUCAACGAGCUAUUAGUAGAGUUGGGGCUAAUUGAAGUUGAUUUAAGCGGCACAGAAACAUUAAAUGAGAUGAGAGACUUAUGGACAAGGUUGCUCAUCUACUGCGCUGGUAAAUCCCGUGCAGAGAUGCACGCCGCACAGCUGAGCAGAGGAGGGGAGUUUCUCACAUUUGCUUGGUUGCUCAUGGCCCACAAAGAACUAGGGGAUGUCGGUCGGGCCUUCAAUUUCAAUUUUACAAGCCCACCCACACCCCCACCCCUACCCCGUCUUUGGAGUCCGCCUCUCCCACAUCCUCAGCCGAGAACGACGACACGUAUUGUUGAGAGGGUAACGACCAUCAAGCCGGAUGAUGGAACAGCUCCGUCCACCCAGCCAUCCUAUGAGCCAUGGAAACCGGUCUCUCGGUGA